AAAAUGAUUUAAAACUACAGCCUAAAUCUCUCCUAAUGUGGUUUGUAGAACCAUGUAGUUGUAUUUGUUACAGCCCCACAUUGUUGCUAAUACUUUGCCACCACCGUUGAACUAAAAUAUAAGGCAACAUGGCAGGCAAGGUGGGUGAAACGUCUUGCCCAAGGACACAAUGACAGGGGCGGGUGGAGCGGGGAUCAAACCAGCAAUCUGCCGAUUGUGGGACAAACUCCUACCACCGAUUAUUAUUUGAGAAUGUCUUGCUAUCCAAUCCCAUUCGUUUCCUGUCCACCCAAACCUAUUCUUUUAAUACUUGGAGUAUUCCCAGCAAUCCUUUUGUUAGUUUGCUUUUUUUAAGGUUUUUUUCUUCACUACUUUUCAGUUUUGUGCGAUAAGUUGUUGUUUUUACUUUCCUUGGUUCUAAUAGAUUUGUAUUAGUCUCUACUAAAAUAGCAUUGAUGGAAGUGGUCUUAAUUGCUCCAGUACAUACUCAUAAGGCCUUGCAUUGUAAUCAACUAGCAAUUUGUAAUGUUGACUUUGCUGCUGCUCCAUGUGCCUUACAUCCAUAUUAGAAUGUUGUCCAUGAAUGGUGAAUGUCGGCCCGGUCUCAAGCCUCUGUCUCUGCUCCACAGUGCUCUCUGCUCAGAGUGCCUUGAUCUCACAUUCUAUGAGAUUAAGGGUUAGGGUUUGAGCUCAUACCCUAACCAACCAGAACCUUCAUGACUAAAUUAUUAGUUAAUCAUUAGAUUGCAGUUUGAAUUAUUUCAGGUGUUGUUUGGAAAUAAUACCUCUAGUUUCAGGAAAAUAAUCUUUGUCACAGUGUGCAAACUGUGACGAAUGAAGCUAAAUAUCAAUAAUUUUAUGUUCCUCAUAUUUUCUUUACAAUAAUAUUUCUUAAGUAUCGCUGCUGAUUUUGUGUGUGAGAAUAUGUGUAUUUUAUGUUAAGUACGUGGUUCUGUGCCUUUGUCUGAACCUGUGUGGUAAACUACUUGUGAGUGAAUAGUGCUCAGUGACAGUGGGUAGGAUUAUCACAGGAAUAGUGUGGUGCUGCUGAAAGGCCAGUGCUUCAGUUAUGUCACUGUGCUGUUCAGGCUCUCUCAUUUUUACCAGCAGUUUCUCUAAACACACAGCUGGGGCUCAGCUAAUUGCUCACUCUUUGUUUUUGAUGACUCUUGUUUACAGGUCCUCACCUGAUAACAACAUGGAGAAUAGCCAAACAUUUCUGUACUUUGCAUAUGGUAGUAACCUUCUAAAGGAGCGUCUCCAGCUCAAGAAUCCCUCUGCAACAGUGUACUGCGUGGCAAAGCUCAAGGAUUAUAAAUUGGUGUUUGGCAACUACAAAGGUCUAGCCAGUGACCGCUGGCAUGGUGGAGUGGCCACCAUAGAGGACAGCCCAGGGGACGAGGUUUGGGGUGUGGUGUGGCGGAUGAGCAUAUCUGAUCUAGAGUCACUAGACAAUCAAGAGAAUGUGAUGUUAGGUGCUUACCGACCUGUGGAAUUAUCAGUGAAGACAAAAGGUCAAGAUAUCAGCUGUCGUACCUACAUAAUGAACAGCUGUGUGUAUGCCCAACCAUCACCACAAUAUCUACAGGUGAUUGUAAUGGGAGCAGAGCAACAUGGCUUGCCAACGGAGUACCAGGAGAAACUAAGAGCCAUUAAGACCAACAUGUAUGACGGUCUCCUACCAAUGAUGGCCGAGCUGGAACAAGCCAGAACAAGAGUUAAAGAAAGAGCCAACCAAUGAUCUGA